CCGGCCCGAGGGGUCAUGACACGUCCUGGAACCACAGAGUUCUUAUCCAGAGCGCCACCCGGAUGUGCCACGGAGGGACUCGCCGCCGCCGCUUCCUGGCUAGCGCGGCCUCCCGGUUGCCAUAGCGAUCACUUCCUGGUCCACGUCGAGGAAGGCCCGAUGGCGGCCCCGGAGACUUCGGCGGCCCUGGAGGAGGCGAGCCUGCUGGCCUGGCUUUUCCGGGGAGCGUCCACCCCGCCACCUCCGCCCCUGGCGGCGGGGGACGCGGAGCUGCCGGCCUACCUGGCGGCGCUGUCGGGGCUGGGCCUGGAGGCGCUGCGGAGGGAGCCCGGCCGGCUGGCGGAAGAGCGGGCGCAGCUCGGGGCACAGACGCGGGCCUUGGCCUUCGCCCACUACAAGACCUUCAUCCGCUCCGCCGAGUGCACCGCCGAGACCCGCCGCGGCUUCGGAGGCAUCGAGCAGGGGCUCGACCGCCUCUUGGGCCGCCUCCCGCCCUUCGCCGAGGCCUGCCGGAACUUCAUGCGCGAGGCUGAGCAGAUCGCCCAGAACCGCCGCAUGAACAACCUGACCCUGAACCGCCACACGGAGAUCCUGGAAGUGCUGGAGAUUCCCCAGCUGAUGGACACCUGCGUCCGCAACAGCUACUACGAGGAGGCCCUGGAGCUGGUGUCCUACGUCCGCCGCCUGGAGAAGAAGCACGCCUCUAUCCCAGUCAUCCAGGGCAUAGUGGCAGAGGUGCGCCAGUCCAGCCAACUCAUGCUUACCCAACUGAUCCAGCAGCUUCGCACCAACAUCCAGCUGCCGGCCUGUUUGCGCAUCAUUGGCUACCUGCGCUGCAUGGACAUCUUCACUGAGGCCGAGCUGCGCAUUACCUUCCUGCAGGCACGGGACCUCUGGCUGCGCUCUGUCCUUACCGCCAUUCCUGAAGAGGACCCCUAUGUGCAUAUCACCAAGACCAUUGAGGCCUGCCGCGUCCACCUCUUUGACAUUGUCACACAGUAUCGUGCCAUUUUCGCAGACGAGGAGGCGCUGGUGCCUCCCCCUGGACAGGAUGCCCUCAAUGAAGGCGCCAUCUUCCAUGGGUGGGUUCUGCAGAAGGUCUCGCAGUUCCUGCUGGCCCUUGAGCAUGACUUGCAGCGUGGUGUGGGCAGCCGCUUGGACUCUCUGCUGGGCCAGUGCAUGUACUUUGGCCUAUCCUUCAGCCGCGUCGGAGCGGACUUCCGGGGCCAGCUCGUCCCUGUCUUCCAGCGGGUGGCGCUGCUCACCUUCAGGAAAGCCAUACAGGAAGCUGUGAACAAAUUCCAGGAGGAGAUGAACUCCUACACACUGAUCUCUGUGCCUGCCGCCCUGGGCAGCGCCGUCUCUGCGGCAGUGGCUUCUGCCCAGCCAGGCACCCUGCAGCCCCCCAUGGUGCUCCUGGACUUCCCGCCUCUCGCCUGCUUCCUCAAUAACAUCCUGGUAGCUUUCAAUGACCUGCGCCUCUGCUGUCCUGUGGCUCUUGCCCCAGAUGUGGCGGCUACCCUGGAGGAGGCACUGGGCCAGGUGACAAAGACAAUUCUAGUCUUCCACCGGGCUGAGGCAGUGGCUUUCAGCAGCCGAGAGCAAGAGCUUUUCAUUCACUUCUGCACAACCUUUCAAGAAGACUUGGUGCCCUACCUCAACCGCUGCCUCCAGCUCCUCUUCCCCCCAGCCCAAAUUGCACAGACUCUGGGUGUUCCCCCAACUCAGCUGCACAAAUACGGCCGCCUUGGCAGAGUGGAUGAGCAGGCAAUCCAGGAGCUCUUGGCCUCAGUCCUGCCUGAGAAAGAGACUGCUGAGGAGAAAGGGCUAGCCCCAAACAGCCCAGCGCCUCCUUCACUGGACUUGGAGCUGCCUGCCUCCACGCAGGAAGCAGACCCCACCGGAGAGCAGAUGAGGUGGGCAGCAAGCGGCUGGGCAGCUCGCAUCAUCCAGCAUGAGAUGGACCAUCUGCAGGGAGUGUUGUAUGUUGACAAGAUGGAUAGCAGGACUUUUGCAAAUCUGCACUGGGCUGAGCUUAAUGAGUAAACCCCUCAGGGGGAAGGAGACGCCUUUUUCUCUGCCUGCAGCUUCUAAGAAUGUCCAGACCUGCGAAAGCAACAGUUGUAGAAAGGAUUGAUUUUUCCUGUGGGGGUGAGCUUCAUUUAUGUUUGUGCUCUUUGUAGUGUUCUCAUUUUUCAUACUGGGGGGGGAGGGGAGAUUUGGGGAUACUAAGAGAGCAGCCCAUUGCAAGGGAUGCUGCAGGGCGCCUCUCGACCCGUGCAUACGACGGUCACUCUAAACGGGAAAAUGCCCAUGUCCAGUCACAGAUACUGGACGUUGCUGCUGCCGCCGCCGCUGCCUCGCUCAGGGUGCUAAUCAGCUUGGCAAUCUGCUAAUAGUGCCUCUUCCCCCAGCAGUUCAUUUUGAGGGUGAAGCUCAAAAAGGAAAAGCAAAGUUGAGCCAUGCUAAAUAGCCUAACCCAGCUCCUGCGCUAUCAUGGAGAGAGACCACAGUGGUGGGGUACAGUCUAGUUAAAGGCUCGUCUUGAAGGCACCAAAGACAUUGAUUAAAACUUUAUUACAAUAAAGGCAUUAACAACCUUC